ACGAAUUUAUUUAUAACUUAUUGAAAUCCACCGAUUAGAUUAUAAUUAUUAUUAUUUCCAUUUACGGCGUUCCACAAAUUAUAAUCACGAAUCACAAUCGUAUUAAUCGUAUAGACUAUUGACUUCAUUGACAAACACUCGAGCGCGCAAUUCGGACAUUCGGUCAUAUUUUAUAGUUUAUACUUUAUACUAGAUAUUUGGACUAUUAUUUCUGAGUUUUGUUUUUGCGUUUGGUCAUAUUAUUAUAAUGGCAAAUAAAAAAAACAAUAAAAAUAGAAGUACCAGGCCAAAGGGUGGUAGAGCACUUGCAUAUGCACGAAUUUACAAGACAACAAACAAACAAAAAGUUACUCCUAAGCAGAAGGAUAAUUCUUAUUUGGACACUCAUAAUACGGUGAAUUCGAUUACAUUGAAUAUUGAAGAUUCAGACGCAUCUCCCAUAAUAGGAAAUGAUGGAUCCAUACCAUGUACAUCAAGAAACCUAGAACUGUUUGAUACUAACGAGUCAAUUACAUCAAAUUAUGAAUUAUUAGAACCAAUAGAAUCAUCAGUCGUAAAUCAUGAAUUGAGCGUAUCAUUUCAAGACUCGUCAUUAACAACUGAAUCAAAACAACUUGAAGGAAGGAGAAUUGUGGAUAUUCGUCAUAUCUUUAAUCAAAUACAAAACUGUAAACACAAGGGUGGCUUUGGCUGUUCGUUUAUGGAUAUGAAGUUUGAGAAUGAAAUUAUGAAAGGGUUUUCGUCAGUUUUUUAUUUUCGGUGUAAAAUGUGUGAUAUAGUGGACCAAAUUACAAGCGAAAGUCCUGAGAAAUUAUACAUGCCAAUUAAUAAGGCUUUGGUGAAUGCGACUUUAGCUAUUGGUAUUGGAUAUUCUCAAUUAACUGAACUUUCCGCAAUUAUCGAUGUGCCAUCAAUGGUAGAUGCUACUUAUCAAAAAUUAUUGAGUAACAUGGGAGAUCUUGUACACGACACCGCCUGGGACGAAAUAAAAAGAGCUGGAGACGAAGAAAGAAAAAUCGCAUUAGAAGAAGGAAAUACAGACGAAGAUGGAAUUCCAAUGUGUACUGUCAUAGCAGAUGGCCAGUGGUCUAAGAGGAGCUACAAGACCAAAUAUAACGCUUUGUCUGGAGCUGCCACAAUUAUUGGGUAUAAAACUGGAAAAAUAUUAUUUAUUGGAAUCCGUAAUAGUUAUUGUGCUGUAUGUCAAAGAGCAUCAGCAAGGAAGGAAGACAAACCAGAUCACAGAUGUUUCCUCAACUGGAAUAAACCUUCUACUGGAAUGGAAGCCGAUGGCAUAUUAGAAGGGUUUUUAAAUAGUUACCAAAUGCAUGGCCUAAAAUAUAAUAAAUUAAUUGGAGAUGGAGACAGUAGCGUGACAAAACGGUUAAAUGAAAGAUUACCUUAUGGAUCUAAUUUUCAUAUCCAAAAAAUCGAAUGUUCAAAUCAUCUGUUACGAAAUUAUUCACAGAAAAUGACGGCUUUAGGGAAAAAAACUGAGUAUCCCAUAUUAUUACGAAAACAUAUAUUAUCACAUAUUUUACGGUUUCGUACGGACGUGACUAAAGCUGUUCAUUACAGAAAGUUUAGUAACAAACCUAAAGAAGAUCAAAUUUCAGAUGCUGAAAAAUGCGGAAUGAUGAGAGAAAUAAAAUAUAUUAUUUCACGUCUUGUGAACAAUGCGUCAUCUUUAAUCGAAGAUGUAACUAAUAACUUAUGUGAACAAUUUAACAGUGUCAUAAAUAAGCACAUAGGCGGAAAGAGGAUAAACUUUUCACAAGGUCGAAACUUUGAGACAAGAAUCGAAGCCGCUGUUAUUGCGUAUAAUUCUAAGAAAUAUUUAAGAACAAUUCAUAAAAAAAUGUUAAUGACUAGUCCAGGAAAAAUUGGUAAAAAAUAUUUAAAAAAUAUUAGUAGAGUAAGAACUAACACCGCUAUGAGACGAAGAAGAUUAGUUUAUGAAGGAACUAAAAGGAAGAAAUUACACUUCGGAGCUCCUGAUAAAGAAUAUGGUCUGGCAGAACCAUUGCUUGAGACACUAAGCGAGGAACAGCUGAAUGAAAAAAAGCUUGAUUUUAUUAAUAAGUUAUCACUUGUUAAUAACAUAGAUAUAGAGAAAAAAACAAGGGAACAAAAUCAAAAUUUUGAGUGGUUCCAACAACGUAAAAUUAGACUAACAGCAUCUAAAUUCGGGGAAGUGUGCAAAAUGAAACCUUACACAAGCUGUAAAAAAAAAGUCCAUUCAAUGCUGUAUAAACUUCCAGCUAAGUCCAAAGAAAUGGAUCACGGAAUAGAGUUUGAACUACAUGCUAGAACUCAAUUUGAAAAUAUGUUCAACUUGAAAGUUACAUUAUGUGGUCUUAUUAUCGAUUCUGAAUUUCCUUACUUAGCUGCAAGUCCAGGUAUUGUAUAGUUAUUAUUUAUAAUUAGGUACUUACUUACAUUUUUACU